AUGUCUUACAACGACGAUAACGAUAAUAGCUACGGCUCCGGCAGACAGCAGGGCAGUGGCUACGGUGGCAGCGGCAAUAAUGAUGAUAGCUACGGUUCGAGUGGACAACAGGGUAGUGGCUUCGGUAGCAGUGGCAAUGAUGAUAGCUACGGCUCCAGCAGACAACAGGGCAGUGGCUUGGGCGAUGACUCGUACUCAUCAGGACGCACAGGGGGUGGGCUAGGCCAAGACGAUUCAUAUGGCUCCUCAGGCCGCACUGGCGGCGGGGAUUCAUAUGGCAGUUCAGGCCGCACUGGCGGCGAUGAUUCUUACUCCUCAGGACGAACUGGCGGCUUGGGCGAUGAUUCAUAUAGCUCAGGACGCACUGGCGGAGCAACCGGAGGAGGUCUAGGCUCGGACGACACCUAUGGCAGCUCAGGACGUACUGGCGGCGCAACCGGAGGAGGCUAUGGUGACAGCUCUGAACGUACCGGCGGCGGUUUAGGCUCUGACGACACCUAUGGUAGCUCAAACCGUACCGGAGGAGUGGGAAGCGGCGGCUACGGCCAGGACGACUCGACCACCGGUGGUGGACUCGGGAAGGAUGAUACGUAUGGGAGUUCACGAGAAACAGGAGGAGGAGGUCUAGGUGGCAGUGGUCGAGAUAACGACGACUCAUAUGGUUCCCGGACGGGUGGUGGCCUAGGCCAGGAUGAUACCUUUGGCAGCUCAGGACGUACUGGCGGAAAUAGCUAUGGUGACGACGAUUCCAGCUCUCGCCGAACUGGUGGUGGUCUCGGCCAGGAUGACACCUACGGCAGUUCCAAUACCACUGGCGGUGCAACCACAGGCCGUGACAAUGAAUAUGGUCUCGGAUCAGGACGCACCGACGCGCAAUCCAGUGGCGGCUAUGGCGCGGGCGGAAACACAGGAUCCAGCUACGACGACGACGACAACAACAACAGUUCGAAGAACAAGGACUCGACAACAGGAAAGUUGCUCGAGAAGGCCGGCGGCCUCUUCAAGAGCGACAAGCUCCAGGAACGCGGUGCUGAGAAGAGACGCGAGGCGGGCAACAAUGAUGACGACAACAACUACUAG